GGCGUGGAGCGUGCGGCCCAGGAACUCGGCUCCCAGAGCGCGGGCCGCCCGAGGAGCGACAGCCGGAGCCCGGUCYCAGCCGGAGCCCAGCCCCACCCGAGCCGAAACGGGUCCGGCGCUCCAGGUGCCCGCAGCCAUGCUGGCCCGCCGCGCCGCGCGCACCUGUGCGCUGCUCGCUCUUUGCCUCCUGGGCAGUGGGGCCCAGGAUUUUGGGCCGACGCGCUUCAUCUGCACCUCGGUGCCGGUGGACGCCGACAUGUGCGCCGCGUCCGUGGCCGCUGGCGGCGCGGAGGAGCUCCGGAGCAAUGUGCUGCAGCUUCGCGAGACCGUGCUGCAGCAGAAGGAGACUAUCCUUAGCCAGAAGGAGACCAUCCGCGAACUGACCACCAAGCUGGGCCGCUGCGAGAGUCAGAGCACACUGGACUCCGGUCCCGGCGAGGCCAGGGCGGGCGGCGGCCGCAAGCAGCCCGGCUCGGGCAAGAACACCAUGGGCGACCUGUCCCGGACGCCGGCCGCGGAGACGCUUAGCCAACUCGGGCAAACUUUGCAGUCUCUCAAAACCCGCCUGGAGAACCUCGAGCAGUACAGCCGCCUCAAUUCCUCCAGCCAGACCAACAGCCUCAAGGAUCUGCUGCAGAGCAAGAUCGAUGACUUGGAGCGGCAGGUGCUAUCUCGGGUGAACACAUUGGAGGAAGGAAAGGGGGGGCCCAAGAACGACACCGAGGAAAGGGUCAAGAUCGAGAGCGCCCUGACCUCCCUGCACCAGCGGAUCAGCGAGCUGGAGAAAGGUCAAAAAGAUAACCGCCCUGGAGACAAGUUCCAGCUCACAUUCCCGCUGCGGACCAACUACAUGUACGCUAAGGUGAAGAAGAGCCUGCCUGAGAUGUACGCCUUCACCGUGUGCAUGUGGCUCAAGUCCAGCGCUGCGCCCGGCGUGGGCACGCCCUUCUCCUACGCUGUGCCCGGCCAGGCCAAUGAGCUCGUCCUCAUCGAGUGGGGCAACAACCCCAUGGAGAUCCUCAUCAAUGACAAGGUGGCCAAGCUGCCCUUUGUAAUCAAUGAUGGCAAGUGGCACCACAUCUGCGUCACCUGGACCACCCGGGACGGGGUCUGGGAAGCCUACCAGGACGGCACCCAGGGCGGCAAUGGCGAGAACCUGGCACCCUACCACCCCAUCAAGCCGCAGGGCGUGCUGGUGCUGGGCCAGGAGCAGGACACUCUGGGUGGCGGGUUUGAUGCCACACAAGCAUUUGUGGGUGAGCUGGCCCAUUUCAACAUCUGGGACCGCAAGCUGACCCCAGGGGAAGUAUACAACCUGGCCACCUGCAGCACCAAGGCCCUCUCUGGCAAUGUCAUCGCCUGGGCUGAGUCCCACAUUGAGAUCUUUGGCGGAGCCACCAAGUGGACAUUCGAGGCCUGUCGCCAGAUCAACUGACGGCUUUCGGCAGGGCUGAGCCCCGGCCCCACACCCACCUACCCUGCUUGUGCAGUGAUGAUCCAUCGUCUCUUCUUUCCCUUUCCCCAGGAAUGAAUCAAGGCCAUGGCCCCUGCACAUGCACACGCACACACACAUGCGCACACAGCCUGGUUUUGCCCUUCUCAUGCACAGGAAGCAGUCCCGGCUCUCCUCCAUUCCUAAGGAACCCCACUUCUCCCUAGGAGCCCCGACUGUUUCCCAGGCGUGCCCUACUCACAGUGAAAGAGGUGACAUCAGCAUUCUGGACAGUGCAGAAGUCGGUGA